UUUGUAAAAAGUUCCAAAAGUCCAGUUUCGGCAGGAGGGGAAAUACGCAAACGGAAAAGCUUAUCUUCCGAAAUGGCUCUCUCGUCCCCACGGCUGCAAGAUAGGUUGUGUGGGUCCAGCGACCACUCGAUUGGCUUCCCAGCUGCCCGGUUGGUCAAAAGAGUUUAGUGCAAAUCGGUGCUAAGCUUCAAUGUGUCAAUCCUUACAUCAAUUCUACAUCCGUACUAUAUUCACCACUCCUACGCCAUCUCGACAUCUCGACAUAUUUUUACGGCCUCGUAGCCGACAUUAUCUACCACCGUCAUGGUUCUUCAAGAUCUCGGUCGCCGCAUCAGCGGUGCCUUGCACGAUGUUACUCGCGCACCGAAUCUUGAUGAAAAGGCCUUCAAAGCCAUGCUGAACGAGAUCUCCGGCGCCCUACUCGAAGCCGAUGUUAACGUGCGACUUGUCAGCAAACUAAAGAAUUCAAUCAGUUCUACGGUCAACUUUAAGGACCUGCCGCCCGGGGUGAACAAGAAACGAUUAAUCCAAAAAGCCGUUUUCGAUGAGCUGGUCAAGCUCGUCGACCCCCACGCCGAACCUUUCAAGCCUAAGAAAGGCAAGUCGAAUGUUAUCAUGUUCGUCGGUUUACAAGGUGCCGGAAAGACAACCACAUGUACGAAACUAGCACGACAUUACCAAGCGAGAGGCUUUCGCGCAUGCUUGGUCUGUGCCGAUACCUUCCGAGCCGGUGCCUUCGAUCAACUAAAGCAGAACGCAACUAAGGCCAAGAUUCCAUACUAUGGUUCAUUAACCGAGACAGACCCGGCGAAAGUUGCCAAGGAGGGAGUAGAGAAGUUCAAAAAGGAACGAUUCGAGGUUAUCAUUGUGGAUACUUCUGGACGUCACCGACAAGAAUCAGCACUGUUCCAGGAGAUGGUAGACAUUCAAGAAGCUGUUAAGCCCGACGAGACUAUCAUGGUUCUUGACGCCUCGAUUGGUCAGCAAGCCGAAGCCCAGGCCAAGGCUUUCAAAGAUGCAGCAGAUUUCGGAGCUAUCAUAAUCACCAAGACGGAUGGCCACGCGAGCGGAGGUGGUGCUAUUUCUGCCGUUGCAGCAACACAUACGCCCAUUGUCUUCAUCGGCACGGGAGAACACAUGUUGGAUCUCGAACGUUUCGCCCCGCAGCAAUUCGUAAAUAAGCUUCUGGGUAUGGGUGAUAUGGCAGGAUUAGUGGAGCAUGUCCAGUCUCUGAAGCUCGACCAGAAGGAGACGAUCAAGCACAUAACCGAAGGUAUCUUCACAGUACGGGAUCUCCGAGAUCAGCUGAGCAACAUUAUGAAGAUGGGGCCUCUAUCGAAGAUGGCCGGCAUGAUUCCCGGUAUGUCCAAUCUCCCGGGAAUGGCAGGUAUGGACGACGACGAGUCGAGCGCCCGGUUGAAACGGAUGAUCUACAUAUGCGAUAGCAUGACCGAGAAAGAGCUCGACAGCGACGGCAAGAUGUUCAUCGAGCAGCCGACGCGUAUGACGCGGGUGGCUCGCGGAAGCGGCGUCUCCGUCCGAGAAGUUGAAGACUUACUCACGCAGCAGCGCAUGAUGGCAGGCAUGGCUAAGAAGAUGGGCGGAAGCAUGAAGAACAUGCAGAGGGCACAGCAGGCGAUGGGAGGAGGAAAUAAAGCGCAGCAGAUGGCUGCUAUGCAGAAGCGAUUGCAAAGCAUGGGUGGCGCGGGUGGCAUGCCGGACAUGGCGAGCCUUGCUAAAAUGUUUGGCGGAGGUGGAGGCGGCUUACCGGGCGGUAUGGAUAUGCAGAAGAUGAUGGAAAGUAUGGGCAUGGGCGGCAUGAUGGGUGGCGGCCGGGGCGGCAGGCGGUAACACGGAUAGGAAUGGACAAUUCAAUACCAUGAUCGCAUUAUCGGUACGGUGUCGAUUCAUGACGUGGGCAUUGCACGGCGUUGGGAGGUAAAACUAAACUAAUGAUAUCAAUACGAAGGUUGUUUUUAUUGGCAACUUGUCUUUCGGACGCCCCGA